AUGCAAAGGAAAGUACAGAGGUCACUGACCCAAUUAAUAUUCUUUCUCUGCAUCCUCUUCUUCGUCCUAUACCUCAACCGCCCACGAAGAAACCAAGACAAACUCUUCGCAUGGACCAAAGUCCGCUACAAAACAACCUCAGCCAUCAUCCCCGAAAAAAGAGGCAUCUGCCCAGGCCUAGCAGGAAGCACCAAACCAGCCCUAGUGGUCUCGCGGGUCGCAGCAGACGGCAACCCAUCCUGGCUAGAAAAUCUGCGCGCAAAGUACCAUGUAUGUAUAUACAAUGUCGACGCCCCAACCAACAAAGAAAGCAAUCUGCUCCAAGUGCCUGCAAACCGCGGCCACGAAGCAAUGGCCUACCUAACCUUCCUCAUCGACAACUAUGACGACAUCCCAUCCGCAGGCGCAGUCUUCGUCCACGGGUCCCGCUGGGCCUGGCACAAUGAUGCGCCGGACUACGACAACGCCGCGCUGCUCGCGGCUCUGGAUGUCCGUCGCGCUCUCCAACCAGCAGGGUAUCACAACCUGCGCUGUGACUGGAGUACGGGGACGUGUCCGUCGUCCGUGCCGGCUCAGGGCAGUCUCGAGAUGAGGUUGCAAAGUGCCGUUGCGCCGUGGAGUCCGCGCGCGGCAUCGGAUAUGGCGCUGCCAAAGGCAUUGGCGCAUAUCUUUGGCGGGGACGUCGACGAGGCGCUUUCAUCGCAGAUUGAAAGGCAGGUGCAUUUGCAUCUUGGGCGGAAUGAUGCCGUGCGCGCGCAGUGUUGUGCGCAGUUUGUUGUUUCGCGUGAGCGUGUGUGGCAGCAUACGCGGGCUGAGUAUGUUGCGCUCCGGCAGUGGUUGCUUGAUGGGAUUGAUGAUGGAGUUGCGAGGCGGAUGAGGGUUGAUGAGAAGGCGGCGCCUGGGGAUGAUCUUACUGCUGGGCGGGUUUUGUCUUACUUGUGGCAUAUUUUGUUUGCGCCGUUUGAGGAAGAUGGGAUUGAUUUGAUGGCGCUUAAUCGGUUUGCUUGUCCUACUGCCGAGGAGUGCUAUUGUCGGCUUUAUGGGAGGUGUGCUUUGAAGUGUCGUGGUCCCGCCAGCUGUAGUGGGCAGUACCGCGUACCUCAUAAUUAUAAGUUGCCGGCGGAUUGGGCUGAGACGCAUUCAUAG